GCCCACUAUGUCAACAGCCUCCUUAGGACACCCCUUUCUGCAGCCUUAAUCCCCACCCUAGCCAGCACCACACACACUUCAACUAAGGUGACCUUCCCAUCAUUUCUACCCAGCCUUUCCCCUGCUUAAACUGCUUCACUGUCCUCCUCCCCACCACCUUCCCCAUUCCCCUCCCAUCGUAAGGGUCACAUUGUCAAAUUCCAACCCCUUCACUUGGAUCGCAAGGCCUUUGGUGUGCAGUGCCUGUCCUGUAAACCUCACCAGUCGCCUGCCUCACCUCUCCUUGCCUGCUGCUGCUAGGUUCCAGCUGUUCUGUCCUGACUCCAGGCCUCUGUACGCUGCCCCUCUGUCCUGGAAAGAGCAGUCUUCUCCACCCUUCACCGCCCCACUCAUUUGUUCUUAUGCCUUUUUUUCAGGUAUCUUUCCCCAAUUACCUGCCCCAGACCCCAACCUGACUGGGUUAGAGGCUCCUCCUGCUGACUGCAAUUGCCUGGUUCCAUUCCCUGCUUCCUCCUGGGGUAUGAGUUAGUGCAGCCCAGUCUAGUGGGGGACAUAGUCAUCCUCUAAUGCCUGGUUCCAUUCCCUGCCUCCUCCUGGGUGGAGUUAGUGCAGCUGAGUCUAGUGGACGGGUCACUGGGCUUCCGAGUCCCAGUCUUGGCUCCUUCUCUAAGGCUGUUUUGUCAUCUGCCACAGGCAUGCCACAAGAACUUGCCAACACAGUGGUGGUGAUAAUCAGAGUUCCCAAUGCCCCUUAAGAAUGCUCAGUAGACAGGAGUUGGCUUAACUCUCCCUGAUCUUCCUCUCCCUUCUCCGUGGACAGAAUCUCACACGUCUGUGAGCCCCCACGUUCAGCAUGAAGUGAGGAGCCCAUCGGAUGACGGGCCAGCUGGCUGGUUGAAGGCCACUGCUGACUUCGCAUUGGAGGUAAUGAGCCAAAAAGAUCAUGUCUGAAAUACAAGGAACGGUUGAGUUUUCUGUAGAGCUACAUAAAUUUUAUAAUGUGGAUCUCUUUCAGAGAGGGUAUUACCAGAUCCGAGUGACCCUGAAGGUGUCCUCAAGGAUCCCCCACAGACUGAGUGCCUCCAUCGCUGGGCAGACAGAGAGCAGCAGCCUGCAUUCAGCCUGUGUCCAUGACAGCACCGUGCACAGCCGGGUCUUUCAGAUCUUAUACCGGAAUGAAGAGGUGCCCAUAAAUGAUGCUGUGGUCUUCCGAGUUCAUUUGCUCUUAGGUGGUGAAAGGAUGGAAGAUGCGCUGAGUGAAGUAGAUUUUCAACUCAAGGUGGAUCUGCACUUUACGGACAGUGAACAGCAGUUGAGGGAUGUGGCCGGGGCACCGAUGGUCAGCAGCCGCACGCUUGGCCUGCACUUCCACCCCCGGAAUGGUCUGCACCACCAGGUCCCGGUCAUGUUCGACUAUUUCCACCUGUCUGUGAUCUCAGUGACCGUCCAUGCUGCCCUGGUGGCUCUGCAGCAGCCCUUGAUCAGUUUUACUCGUCCAGGAAGAGGCUCCUGGCUUGGUAAAGGUGGCCCAGACACCGGACAAGAACAGUCUAUCAUUUCUCUGGAAAACUUGGUCUUUGGAGCUGGAUACUGCAAGCCGACUUCCUCAGAGGGAAGCUUCUACAUCACCUCCGAGAACUGCAUGCAGCACGCACACAAGUGGCACCGAGACCUGUGCCUGUUGCUCCUCCACGCUUACCGGGGACUCCGUCUCCACUUCCUGGUGAUCAUGCGGGACAUCCCAGAGCUGCCACACAUGGAGCUGGAGGCCCUUGCUGUUGAAGAAACACUUUCUCAGCUGUGCUCAGAGCUGCAGAUGUUGAACAAUCCAGAGAAGAUCGCUGAGCAGAUAAGCAAGGAUCUGGCCUGGCUCACGUCCCACAUGAUGGCUCUGUGGACCCAGUUCCUGGACACAGUCACUCUGCACUCCCAAGUGACCACUUAUCUCACCCAGGAACACCACACCCUGAGGGUCCGAAGGUUUUCUGAGGCCUUCUUUUACAUGGAGCACCAAAAGCUUGCAGUCCUGACGUUUCAGGAGAAUCUGAUACAGACGCACAGCCAGCUAUCCCUGGACAUCCGGAACUCAGAGUACCUCACCAGCAUGCCUCCGCUGCCUGCAGAGUGCCUGGACAUCGACGGCGAUUGGAACACCCUGCCGGUGAUCUUCGAGGACAGAUACGUCGACUGCCCUGCGACAGGGCAUAACUUGAGUGUUUAUCCUAAUUUUGAUGUUCCAGUGACAAGUCCUACAAUAAUGAAUCUAAAAGAGAAAGAAGAUAACUGUAUGGUAAAUGGCAAUUUAUCUUUUAGGGAAGACCUUGUCUUGUCUACCAUAAAACCAUCCCAAAUGGAUUCUGAUGAAGAAGUUAUAAAGUGUCCAGAGCUGGCUGAGAAUGUGGCCACACAAAAGCAUAUGGAUGUGUGCUCUGAAUCUCAGGUGUAUAUAACAAUUGGUGAAUUUCAAAACAAAACAGGUGUGCCUGAGGAUGAAUGUUGGACUGGCCAAACAUCUGAUGCUGGGACACAUCCAAUGGCAGAUGUGGAUACUUCUAGAAGGAGUCCAGGCCCAGAGGAUGGACAGGCCCCAGUGCUGACCUACAUUGAUGUAAAAUCUAGCAAUAAAAACCCCUCCAGAGCUGAACCCCUGGUGGCCUUCAAUGCUCAGCAUGAGAACAGGAGCUCUAGAGAUAAGUAUGGAUUAGACAGGACUGGGCCAAGCAAAGUGGUAGUAGGUGGAAGUCACCAAAAUGCCAUCUCUUCAGACAAAACAACUCUCUAUGAAUUAAGUACUCUAGGAAAGGGAAUAGAUCAAGAGGGGAAGAUGGUGCUGCUAAGCUUGAAACUCACCCCCUCUGAGCCCUGUGAUACACUAAAUUCUACUGUGAGGGAGCCCUUAGAUAUUAGGUCUUCCCUAAAGGACUCUCACACAGAAGAACAGGAGGAACUCUCAGUGCUAUCUGGGGUCAUCAAGAGAUCUUCAUCCAUCAUAUCGGAUUCAGGCAUUGAGAGUGAGCCAAGCUCCGUUGCCUGGUCGGAGGCCCGAAGCAGGGCUCUGGAGUUGCCCAGUGAUCGGGAAGUCUUGCACCCAUUUGUUCGAAGACAUGCCCUCCACCGGAACUCCCUAGAGGGUGGGCACACAGAAAGUAACACGAGUUUGCCAAGUGGCAUCCAGGCUUCUCUCACCUCCAUUAGCUCUUUACCUUUUGAGGAGGAUGAGCGGGAGGUGGCACUCACUAAGUUAACCAAGUCUGUAUCUGCUCCCCAUAUCAGUAGCCCAGAGGAGGCUGCUGAAGAUGCAGACACCAAGCAGCAAGGUGGAAGUUUUGCUGAACCUUCAGAUAUGCACAGCAAGAGCCAAGGUUCCCCAGGACCUCGCUCUCAACUUUCUGGUGACUCUGGAACACAGGAUGCUGGAGAGGACCAUCCCCUGGUAGAGAUAGUUUUAGAUGCUGACAACCAGCAGGGCCCUGGAUACAUAGACAUUCCCAAAGGGAAAGGGAAGCAGUUUGAUGAUCAAGGACACUGCCUUCCUGAUGGCAGGACUGAGAACACUCCAGGUGUUGAAACCAAAGGUCUUAAUUUAAAAAUACCACGUGUCAUAGCACUUGAAAACCCCAGGACCAGAUCUCUUCCUAGAGCACUUGUGGAAACCCCAAAGGGCAUACCUAAAGACUUGAAUGUGGGUCAGCCAGCUCUUUCCAACAGUGGCAUCUCAGAGGUUGAGGGUCUCUCUCAACAUCAGGUGCCUGAAUUGAGCUAUACAUCAGCUGCUGAUGCCAUCAACAUGAACUCAACAGGCCAGCAAAGCCAAAGCGGUUCACCUUGCAUUAUGGAUGACACAGCAUUUAAUAGAGGAGUGAAUGCCUUCCCGGAGGCUAAACAUAAAGCAGGCACUGUGUGCCCCACUGUGACCCAUUCCAUUCAUUCCCAGGUUUUGAAAAACCAAGAGCUGAAGGCAGGCACUUCCAUCAUGGGGUCCCAUCUGACCUCUGCAGAGACCUUCACUCUGGACAGUCUGAAGGCUGUGGAGGUUGUGAACUUAUCUGUGUCUUGCACUGCCACCUGUCUCCCUUUCUCAUCUGUGCCCAAGGAGACCCCUGCCAGGGCUGGAUUCUCUUCCAAACAGACCCUGUUUCCCAUCACCCAUCAGCCUUUGGGAUCCUUUGGAGUUGUUUCUACCCAUUCCAGCACGUUGGAUGAGGAAGUCAGUGAAAGGAUGUUUAGUUUUUAUCAGGCCAAAGAAAAAUUUAAAAAAGAACUGAAGAUUGAAGGAUUUCUGUACAGUGACUUAACUGUACUAGCUUCUGAUAUACCAUAUUUCCCACCAGAGGAAGAGGAAGAAAAUUUGGAAGAUGGAAUUCACCUGGUUGUCUGUGUCCAUGGCCUGGAUGGGAACAGUGCAGACCUUCGACUGGUAAAGACUUUCAUAGAACUGGGGCUCCCUGGAGGAAAACUGGACUUCCUGAUGUCUGAAAAGAAUCAGAUGGACACAUUUGCAGAUUUUGAUACCAUGACGGAUCGGUUGUUGGAUGAAAUCAUUCAACACAUUCAGUUGUACAACCUCUCCAUAUCCCGAAUUAGCUUCAUUGGCCAUUCUCUUGGCAACAUCAUCAUCCGAUCGGUCCUCACACGGCCCCGGUUCCGGUAUUACCUCAACAAACUCCACACGUUCCUGUCACUCUCUGGGCCUCACCUGGGAACCCUGUACAACAACAGCACCCUGGUUAGUACAGGCUUAUGGCUCAUGCAGAAACUGAAGAAAUCCGGGUCUCUACUGCAGCUGACCUUCAGGGAUAAUGCUGAUUUGCGCAAAUGUUUCCUCUACCAACUAAGCCAAAAAACAGGGCUGCAGUAUUUUAAAAAUGUCGUGCUGGUUGCUUCUCCCCAAGACCGUUAUGUGCCAUUUCAUUCAGCCAGGAUCGAAAUGUGUAAAACUGCCCUCAAAGACAGACACACAGGGCCAGUUUAUGCAGAAAUGAUCAACAACCUCCUGGGCCCUCUGGUUGAAGCCAAGGACUGCACUUUAAUCCGACACAACGUGUUCCACGCCCUGCCCAACACUGCCAACACCCUGAUCGGCCGAGCCGCUCACAUCGCUGUGCUGGAUUCAGAACUUUUCCUGGAGAAGUUUUUCUUGGUGGCAGGACUCAACUACUUCAAGUAGUGGCUUUGAGGGAGCGGGUCUUUGGUAAUGCUUAAGAUUGGUGGAGAGCUUUAGCUGAGACCUGCUUUUACAGACCUCACCAUUUCGGAAUGAAACUCCAAGGGAACGGCGCUGGGGGAUGGAGGCUGGGGUGGAACCUGAUAUGAGAGGUGCUUUUGUUUUGGAGAUUUGAGAAAGCUGAGCAAAUAGACUACAUGACAACAAACUUUGCUUGAAUUUGUGUAGUUACCUGGAGUGUCAUUCAAGAUGUUUUCUAGGAAAAAUAUGAGAAAAUAAACAGAAGACUUAGGAGUCGGUGAGCUCCCCUUGCUAGCCACGAAUGGCUCACUGAGCGAUUACUCCAAUUUAACUAGACUUGCCCAAUAUGUUACUAGCUUAUAGCUUUAUCAUUUCUGACUAAGUGCACACAAGCAUUUCAGAACUCAGGUUAAUCUCUGUGCAGAAGUGGAACAUAUUUGUGUAAAUAGAAUCCUCAAUAGAUUCAAAUGUGCCACUUGUUCAAGAUGCCCAUAUUCAUUUUCUCUCUUCAUGUUUUCUAAACAAGGGAGCAAGGAAUGCGUUACAAAUCCCAGUUUUAUUUCAUAACAGCAGUGAGCAGGGUGACUUAAGGUAACGAGGGAUAAAGGUGACACUAUUGGUAAAUACAAGUUUGUUACAAAGAAGCACGACUCUAGGAAUAUACUGAAUUAUGAACAGUUGCUCCACCUACUUCCCCAGACUUCUUCUAUGCAGAGCCCUGAUCCACUAAUUAUUGUAGUGAUUGCUUACAUCGUUGUCUGUAGUAGGGAACAUUGGGUGAGACUAACCUAGCAGAAGGGGGCACUGAGAUGAAUGCACACACGUGUGAAGCUCCUGCUGAUACACUUCCAAAGACAUGCUAUGUUAGCAUUUGAUGCAAUUGCAAAAAAUUAAAACCAUUAACGUGGCCAGCUGCUUCUCUCCAUGAAAGGAGAAACACAUCUAAAUGGAGGAGUGCUGGAUUAAAACCUCAGGGGAGCUCUAAGAAGGGUGCUGGUUAUCUUUCAAUAGAAAUGUCUUCUUGCCUUAGGAAAAUAAAGGGCUAGGAAAGGUCACUGCGUUGAUAAAAACCAGUAGACGACAGGGACAAAAGUGAGAUCAGAUAGGAGGAGACCAACCAGACUGAAGACUCAGCAUUAACUGUUAUGGGUAAGUGACUCAAAGAGGAGUUUGGAAAAUCACCAGGAUGCUUAAUGGUCAGGUCUCAAAGACUGAGUAUGUUGUAUGGGCUAAAGGAAAUCUAAAGAAUCAUUUCGUUGUAUGGAAGAGAUGAAUGAACCUGGACAGUAGGGAUAAAUAAGACAGGAGCCUCAUCUUUUGGAGAUCAAAACUCCUGCUUCUGCAAAAAUCCCUUCUGAAGUGUGGAAACACAUCUAGGACUAGGGUUUUCAGCACCUGGACCGUGACUGUAGGUCACUGAUGCCAUGGUAACAAAACCAAGUAAAUCUAAGCUCAUCUGAGAAUUUUGGAUCCUCUUAUAUUAACAGCGUGACUUUGAAAAGUAAAAGCAGACCAUGAGAAUGGGUCCAGAUGGGUAACUUUGCAGGAGUAUAGACAUGUUGGAUUCUGUUUAAGAAAGAGAGAGUUGUUGAAGGAGAGUUGAAUGUCUUGCAAAGGCAGAGUUCCACACAAUGGAUUUAGGGUUUCUCAGUGGGUCCUUUCUAAAUGCUUGUUAUAUCCUGGUCAUAAUGCGUAUGGGUUCACUGAGUCCUCUGGUCUCUUUCCACUGGGAAUUUUUGUCUGAGCUCCCGAGUCAGAGCUGGGCAUAGACUCUGGUUCCUCAUGAGGAGUGCUGUAUUUGCUCUGUAACCUGGGAGACAUUUGUUCCCUAGUCAUGCAACACAUGAUGUUGUGUUUCCUGACCUAGGCAAGUGCCCAUGCUCAGUACAGAACCAUAAGUUGGUAGCAGCUUCUCCUUUCUGGCCAAAUGAUGGGCCCUGUCCCUCUGAUGAGUGCAUUUCAUGUUGUGUUUCCAAUUUUCAUCAGCAAUGUUCGUCAUUCCCUGGUCCUUUGAAAGACUGUGUAGCCCGUGGUUAUGGAGCUGGGAUGAAUCUGAUGAUCAUCAUCUUCUCCAAUAACCAGAUGCCAUUUUUAACUUCAAUAUGCUGUCUGGACAUAGUGAGAACUAAUGGCAAUAAACGUCCAGCUGCAUGGUGCACCUCUUUUUUAUGGGGGUGCUCUGCUGUCUUUGUAAACCCUCUCUGGCCUCUGAACAUCUAUUAUAAUUGUGUAGAAAGUACAUCUCUAUAUUGUAAAUAAGAGUGUCAAGUGUUGCGUGUCAUGCCUCAUUUGAAAAGGCUUUUUUAUGUCUCUUUCUAUUGAAAUAUAGAUAUCUAAUAUAUAAAUAUAUAUACAUAAAAUAUAUAUAAAUAUAUAUUAUGUAAAACAGGGACAUUCUAUUAUUGAUUGUAAAAAUUAUAAACAAAAUGCCUGCCAAGAUAA